ACUUUUGACUUAUCAAAUUUUUAGAAAAAAAAAAAAAGAAAAGAAAAUAAGCAACGAAAAUUGAAAUGCAGGGGAGCUGUUAGUAAUCGUACAUCACCCCUUCUGGAAUCUGAAACCAUUUGCAGCUCUCAUCUGGUCAAUCAAAUUUCCCUCUCUCUCUUUCUCUCUCCAUAAAUCAAAAUUCUGAAAUCAUCAGUAGGUUUCCCGGUCAGAUCAAAUUGCUAUUUUCUCUAAUUUCCAUUUUUAUUUUUCUCUGUCUCUCUGGACUUUGGCGUUGGAAUGGACCACCAUGGAAAGCCCCAACCAAGGGCCAAGGCAGCUUGCAUGACCUUCCUACCUAAUUAAAACCCUUCCCCUGCCUCUGAGCCCCAAGAGCCAAGAUUUAUUAUCCCCUGCAACUCUACUCCCCUGUUCUGUGCCUCUGCAAACACUAUUCCCCUGUUUCUGCUGGCAGCACCUAUAAAAGAAACAAACGCGAGCUAGGAUACCCACAUGGAUUUCCCCAAGAGCUCCAGCGGAAGCCCUGCAAUUCUCUCCCUGUUCGUCGCUGCCGUCCUUCUCUCCAUCUGCAUAUGCCUCUCUCUCGUCUCCAAACCAUUCUUCCUCUCGUUCCAAGACCCCAAAUGCUCACUCCCAAACCCAUCUUCCGUCGCAGCGGAAAUUUACCCGAGGGACGAGUUGGAGGAGGCCCUGAGAAGCGCCGCGACGGCGGAUAAGACCGUAAUAAUCGCGGUCGUGAACAGGGCGUACGCGGAAGGCGACGACGGCAGGGCGGCGAUGCUGGAUCUGUUCCUGGAGAGCUUCUGGGUGGGGGAGGGGACUCAGGAGCUGGUGGAGCACCUGUUGGUGGUGGCGAUGGACCAGACGGCGUACGGCCGGUGCAAGUUCCGGCGGCUGCACUGUUACCGGCUGGAGACGGAGGGGGUGGAUUUCGGUGGGGAGAAGCUUUACAUGUCGGAGGAUUUCAUCAAGAUGAUGUGGCAAAGGACUCUGUUCCUCUCCGACGUUCUCCGACGAGGCUACAACUUCGUCUUCACGGACACGGACAUCAUGUGGCUGAGGAACCCUUUUUUGAGGCUAAGCAAUAACGAGUCAGAGGAUCUCCAAAUCAGCACCGACGAGUUCAUCGGCGACCCCUGGUCGGAGACCAACCUCAUCAACACUGGCUUCUACUGCGUCCGAUCCAACAACCGGACCAUUUCGCUCUUCGACCGAUGGUACGCGGCCAAGGACAACUCUACGGCAGCCGGAAAGAAGGAGCAGGACGUGCUCCUGGACCUCAUGAGCGGCGGCGCGUUAAGGGAGCUCCGGCUGCGCGUGCGAUUCUUGGACACCCUCUACUUCAGUGGGUUCUGCGAGGACAGCCGGGACAUGGCGGCGGUGACGACGGUGCACGCCAACUGCUGCCAGAGCAUAAUUGCCAAGGUGGCGGACUUGGGCGUCGUCCUCCGCCAGUGGAAGCAGAUGAAGAAGUACUUGAGAAGUAUGACCGCCGCCGCCGCGAGAAAUGGAACGGCGGUGGCGGUUCCGUGGGGAGGGCGCGAACGCCACCCUGCAUGUCUUAAUUCAUGGAUUAAAAAGGCUAAUUAAUUGGUGGUGGUGGGCUUAAUUUUUUAUUUUAUUAAUUUAUUGGAUUAAUGAGGUAUAGUAAAUAAAGUUUAUAUAAAAAUACAUAUUGUCGUACUAGCAAAAGUAUUCCCACUUCGAAAUAAUAAGAUUCUCAAAAUAUUGCUCCAAUAUGUUUUAACGUAUACUUCCUAUUUGAUUUGAAAAUUUUGCUAGGAAAAAAAAAAGAUAAAAAUAUAUAAGAAAAAAUAUUUAAUUUUCAUAUUCUGUUUUUUCUUUACAACAAAUACUAUUAAAAAUUAAAAUAUUUUUAAUAUAUAAAAAAUUUAAAUACUAAUAAUGUGUAAAAUAAAAAUUUAUUAAUUGAAUUAAACAUUUUACUUUCUUAAUCUUCUUUCAACUAUGAAAAAGCGAAUUUUUCUGUUUGUAUAUUUUUUGCCAAACAUUUUUUUUAGAAAAAUUAUAUCGCCCAAGAUAUCUUAUAUUUUUUAAGUUUCAAAUAGAACAUAAUUAAUUCAGAUAAAAUGAUUAACGUCGCCCACUCCAUAAUGGUAAAUGUUUUUACUGAAAUUUGAAAAUAAAAUACAAACUAUUUUAGAUAAAUUAAGAAGAUUACCCGCUAAAAAUAUUAAGAGCCAACAACUGUAAAAGAUUAGAAUAUUUUUGGUAAUAUCUGAACAACUAUAAUUACUAGCAUUGAAAGUUAGCGAAUGUGUCAAUUUUUUUUUCAUCUGUAUAUUUCUUGCUCCUUGACGUUGAAUUGUAUUUAAUGAUGACGCAGUACACGUGGCUGCACUCAAUUGGAUAAAAAUAUUGGCCGCCAUGUAUCAUUGGCGCAGUGUCAUUGAGCAUUACCCAUUUAAUUUAAUUCAAUAACUAAUCAUGUCUUUCUACUGUAAAUUAAACAGGACACAGAUAGCUUGUGGCUGAGGAACCCAUUCUUGAGGCUAAGCAAGAACGAGACAGAGGAUCUCCAAAUCAGCACCGACGAGUUCACCGGCGACCCAUGGUCGGAGAUCCACCUCAUCAACACUGGCUUCUACUACAUCCGAUCCAACAACCGGACGGUCUCCCUCUUCCAUCGGUGGUACGCCGCCAAGGACAACUCCACCGCGGCCGGGAAGAAGGAGCAGGACGUGCUCCUCGACCUAAUGAACGGCGGUGCGUUCAGGGAGCUGCGGCUGCGCGUGCGCUUGUUGGACACCCUCCACUUCAGCGGGUUCUGCCAGGACAGCCGGGACUUGGCGGCGGUGACGACGGUGCACGCCAACUGCUGUCAGAGCAUACGCGCCAAGGUGGCCGACCUGGGAGCCAUCCUCCGCCAGUGGAGGCGGCUCAAGAAGUAUUUGAGGAGGAUGAGCGCCGCCGCCGCUAGAAAUGGAACGGCGGUGGCGGUUCCGUGGGCUGGGCGCCACCGCCACCCUGCUUGUGUAAAUUCGUGGAUUAAGCCUAAAAAUUAAUAAGGGCUAAGUGGGUAAUUAAAAGGGGUAGUGGGCUUAAUUUUUUUUAUUUAAUUAAUUUAUUCGAUCAGCGAGGAAUAAUAAUUGAAUGUAUAUUGAAAAGUAUAUUUAGUGGUUAUUUCUUA